CCAGUGAGCUGCUCUAGUCCUGAGAGGCCCCUUCUCAGUGAAGUAGACCAGCCACUGCCUCCCCACCCUGCAUUAUCCUUCACUUCUGUGUUCACGGCAGCACCUGGAAGGAAGCCACAGCCGAGGAUGCAGCGCCCCAGCAUCUUCCCACUCAUCCUUUUGUUUGUCGCUGGAAUAGUUCUGUCUGGGCCAUCUACUCCCAUCAGAAGCAGAGUGAGACGACAAAACAUGAAAGUGCGCAUCAAUGCAACAGGAGACACCAUCAUCAUGAAGUUCCUACGUCCCAAUCCGGACACCAAACUUGAAGGUUACAUCCUGGGCUAUGGCAGCAGCAUGUUCUCCAAACAGUUCAUUCAGCUACCUGAGAAUGGAAAGCCCUAUGAGACAGAGUUUGAUGCUGAGCCCAAAUAUCUAAUCGCUGUUCAGCCAAUUCCUGCCAAUGAUGUGAAAAAGCAAUGCACAGGUAAAGUUGAAUUGGAAAAGCCACUUCAUUUGGUCAUUGGCUCUGUGACGCCUACAUCGGUACUCCUGUCCUGGGGAACACUGCUGAAAACCCCCUAUGAGUCCAACAUCAUGAACGACUGCCUGGAGGAUGGAUACUACACUGUUCGAUAUCGUGAGAGGAACAGGAAGUGGAAUUAUCAGACCUGCCCUACGAGUGAUACAGUCAUUGACAACCUCAAGCCCAAUACUGUGUAUGAAUUUGGGGUUCAGCCCAACACUAAGGAAGGCAAUGGACACUGGAGCAAACCUGUCAUCCACAACAACAGCAACGGGGGAUCGGAGGAUAAGACCCAGGUCAGAAAACCAGUCAAACGACCCAUAAACCCUGUGAAAUCUUACGCCAACAACCAACACACCCUCCCCUUCACGCCCCGUCAUGUUUCACAUAACAAGACCCAGGUCAGGUCGGACCUCUUCCGGAAACUAGCUCCAAAGACAACUCUUGGACGAGAAGAUGUCAUCAGUUUCAUAUUGCCUCGCCAGCCAAUGAAAAAUGUUCAAGAACUUAAUCCCAAGAUUCCUAAACCAGCCAAGAUUCAACCACACAUACCAAAAAAUCUGUCAGCAACCCAAAGUUAUUACUUCAAAACUUCUCCUUUUCAAAAACCUGAGAUUAAAACAACACUGCAGCCUUACCCUCCAGCAUUCACAACCAAGCUGCCAGCUGCAGUCUCUCCUCCCACACCAAAACCAAAAGCACAGACAACUCCACCAAAGACCUCGGCUGCACCAAAGACCAAUCUCCAAUCUGAGACCAAGUCCACAAUAACCUUAAAGACAAUGCUCACAUCCAAAGUACAGAGCAUCCCAUCCUCAUUAAAGACACAGGCCCCGCCCAAGGUCCUGCCCAAAGGCACAACACAUCGCAAGAGACUGCCAAACCCCCAACCUCAUCCCAGGCGCCAGCCUCAGGCCAGCACUGACCCUGCUCUCGCUAAGCAUGCUCGUCCCACUGCUCCUAGUCCUCCAGAAGAGGGUAAGCCCCUGCAAACACCUGCUCUGGCUACAGAGAAGACCAGUAGUAGCCAUCGGGGUACUGGCAGCCGUAAACCAUCCACUGGCGAUGGGGUUCAUUCUUCCACUAGCUCAUCUACAGUUCCUCCGUCUGGUCGUGUUGCACCUAACCCCUCUCGCACUGGUGACAAACCAUUAUCUCAGGCCAAGACUUUCCACUCCUCCAACACACCUGGGGCUGGUGGGGUGCAUCAUAGGGGCAAUGUGCUCCCUAAACCUGCAGUGUGGCCCAAAGAGAAACCUGCUGUUCUGCAGCCAUCCUCUUCAGUCAACAAGAAAACCAAUCUGGUUGGGAAGCCUAGUGAUCAUGAUAAACCCAUGGAUCUGAAGCAAGGAGACAAGGAGUCCAUCUUGAAGCCAUUCCCCCAGGUUACAGCCAAGCCUAAGCCAGAGCGCAGGCAGCAUACAACCACCUCUGCCCCAGCAGUAAACAGCAGUCGCUUUGACGUCAGUGAGAAUUCGUCUAUAUUCAGACCUCUACCUGCAUCAGACGUGGACAUAAUGGGCAAAAAACGGUUUGUUGCUCCUCAUGUGAUCUACAAGACGGACAAAAAGCCAGAUGAGCCCUGCUCCAUCACAUCCUCAAUGGCUUAUUUCCCAGACGAGGAGGGAAAUGACAUCAGUGUCACUGGGCCCCCCAAAACCCCACCCUCUAAUCUCACUGUGGUCACAGUGGAGGGCUGUCCAUCUUUUGUCAUCCUGGACUGGGAGAAGUCUGACAAUGAAACAAGAGAGUAUGAGGUUGUAUCAACUACUAAAGGCCCAAAUGGAGAAGAAGUCUCUGUGCUGACUACUAACCAGACACAUACAGCUGUGGAGAAUCUGAAGCCAGAGAGCAGUUAUGAGUUCAAAGUAACACCAAAGAAUGAGCUAGGAACAGGACCAUCCAGUGACCCUGUGUCUUUUAGCACAGAAUCAGCGGACCCACGUGUGAGUGAAUAUGUAGCAGGCAAAGAUGCCAUUUGGACUCAAUUUCCAUUUAAAGCUGAUGCAUACUCUGAAUGCAAUGGAAAACAAUAUGUGAAGAGAACUUGGUACAGAAAGUUUGUAGGCAUCCAGCUCUGCAACUCUUUGAGAUACAAGAUCUAUCUAAGUGACUCGCUCAAUGGAAAAUUUUAUAACAUUGGUGACCAGACUGGAUUUGGUGAGGACCAUUGUCAGUUUGUUGACUCCUUCUUGGACGGACGAACAGGAACACAAUUGUUUGCUGAACAGCUACCAAGCCGACAAGGGUUUUUCAGAGCUUUGCGACAAGAACCUGUACACUUUGGAGAGAUUGGAGGAAAAUCUCACGUCACUUACGUGGGCUGGUACGAGUGUGGUACACCCAUACCUGGAAAGUGGUAAAAGCAUGAAGACCUUUACCUCAACAUUUUGGCCAAACACAUUUGUUCUGCUUGAAGGUGCUGGGCCUCUUAAACAUGGACAGUCAGUGGGCCUGUGCAGAGGCUUUCAAUUCCAAUGGGAACGUUUGGAUCCCAUUGGGAACUCAGUUGUGUGUAAUUGUAAUAUUAGUAUUAUCUAUUUAUCAAACAUGUCUCAGUGGACAGUAGUUUGUGUGAUAAGAAAAGCUGAAUAUAAUCAGACAGAACUUUGGGAAGCUGGCUCCCAAAAUGUAAUAACUUGUAUAAUAUUAUUUAUCAAUGGAUUGUUAGAGACUAUUCUGUACUACUUAGUACACGCUUAAGUUUCUGCAUUUCUAAAAUAAAAAAGGAUGUUUUGUAAAAAAAAAAAAAAAAAAUCUAAUUUGAGAAGUUUGUGUGGUGUUAUAAAAAUGUUGUACAUUUUGGGCUUUUUUUCUUUACAAAGGUCUUGUUUGGUAGACAAAUAAAAACGCAAACUAUAAUAUUGCAGCAUUAAUAUAUGCAAUAAAUUCUUAUAACUCUUAAUCAAGCCAACUGUUCUUUACUGGCCAUGACUGAAGUCACUAUGAUUGCAGUUUUUGACCAUUACUAUGUAUAUUGAGUAAAAGGAUAGGCUACUGUGUGGUGGAAUAUACUGUAUUAAAAUAUUGGUUUAAAAACUGUAAAAUAUUUUUAUUUACACUGCAAAAUGUAUAUAGUUUAGCAUUUUUUUCAAAUAAAAU